UUUGAAUGUAAAAUGCUAAAAAUACUAAAUAAUACGUACAGAACUGCCACUAUUAUUAUUCACUAAAAAAUUAAAGUUCAGAAAACAAAUGAUUCGAUAAUAUUGCAUACAAAUGAAAGAAAAUGCAUUUAUUCCCGGUUUAGUAGUAAACUAGCGAAGUUUAAGAAAUUUUGCACGCAAGUUCUUAUUCCACAAUGUUUCUCAGUUUCUCGUGAAUUUUCUUCAUCGCGUGACUCAAAUAAUUUAUUGUGCGCUCACCUGUGCCUGUCGCGCAUUUAUGCUUGUAUCUUUUAUGAAAAUCACUUUCCGCCGUAAAUAAAAUUGAGAUUGCAUUACAACUCGAGCAGCACUUUCUGUAGUUGCGCCUGUUCCCAGCAAACCUGCAAUCACUUUGAUAUUAUUUGCAACAUUUAUGCGAUCAUCGCGUACGGAAAGAGCAAAUGCUUAUCAAUAGCGAAUAAGUUCCACAAGUUUGAACGCUAGCAGUGUAAUUUUGCUACAAAAUUUUCAGUCUAGCGUGACGAGGUGUAGCAGAACGUUCAUGUUUUAUAAAUCUGUCGAUGGUGAUAGUCCGACUGCGAGUUCUUAUGCAAAUUCGUAUUUUUGUGAAAAUAAUUUAAAAAGUCGGACCUAAGCAGAAGUUUAUUUUGACUGUUAAAUAUUAUGUCAGUCUAGUGAUAGUGGUGGAAUGGAAUGGGAAAGUAGCUCGUUUGCUGGAAUUUUAUCAAUGAAAGGUGAAAGUUUCAAACGGUAGAAGCAGAAGGAAACGAUCAACUAGUAUGAAAUGGCUGCAAUUAAUACAAUCAGUCGGUCCGUGAAGUACGGCCUUCAUUAUGCUGCUUCUUGGCCAGGAGCCCCACUCUCAGUUUUAUGUAAACUCAUUUGGAUGAUCGUCCUUGGUGUCGGGCAGACUCACCAAUACAAUUAUAUAAUCAGGCAUUACAAAGUUCAUACUCUUAUAGAAAUAAUAGAUAAUAUAAGUAUUUGCCUGCCGUUUAGUUUAGUAUGUAUAAAAUUAGUUAUUGCUUGGACACACCAAGGCCUGCUUCGCAGUAUUUUAUCAACCAUGGAAGAAGAGUGCCAAACGUAUGCUGUUAUGGACACAAAUAACUUAAUAUCGAAAACAGCGCAUUGGUGUUAUCGUUUGACGAAUAUUAUAAUAAGUACCACUAUGGCAUCCACGGUUUUUUACGUAAUCGGUGUUUUCACUUCCGAAGGAGUUAAUGCAACGACACCUCGAGAACUUUUAUUAAAAAUGGAUUUGCCCUUUGAUACUAGUAAAUCGCCCACUUUCGAGCUUGUGGUAAUUGUACAAUAUUUUUAUCAGGCAUCGUCAGCGUUUAUAUUUGCUGUAUUCACAGGUCUCCUUUUGAUGAUAGUACUUCAUAUAGGUUGUCAAAUCGAUGUUAUGUGUCAGACAUCGUCAGAAACUCCUUAUAAAAAUGAAAAGCAACUAAAGUUCUUCAUUAGCAGGCACCAAGAAAUUAUUUUAUUUGCAGAGAAAAUUGAAAAGUUCUUUACUUAUAUAGCGCUUAGUCAACUUAUAACGAAUACCUUAAUUAUUUGUUGCUUGGGUUAUCUCAUAGUGCUUAUAAUACAUAUUGAGAAUGGAUUCCCUAUGUUCAUGAAAUGCGUUGUAUUCUAUAUCUCCGUUUGUUCGGAAGCAUUUGUAUAUUGCUUCGCUGGAGAGUACCUGAAUAUCAAGAGUAAAUUGAUUGCGGACACUGCAUAUGAAUUUCUUUGGUACGAUACACAUCCAAGUAAAAGCCGACUUUUAAUACCUGUGAUACUAAGAUCUCAAAGAGGAUUUAGUUUCACUCUUGGGAAAUUUGCAAAUCUUUCCAUGUCAACCUUUGCGGCUAUUAUGAAAGCUUCAGGAUCGUACAUAUCGGUACUACUUGCAAUGACUUGAGAAAGAGAUUCGUGAAUACUAUGGAAUAGUUUAUCGUAAUUUACAUAUCUUAAAUUAAUUAGUAAAAAAUUGUUAUAGUACAGGAAGGCACAAUAUCGUGUAUGUAAAAAUAAAGACAAAAGAAAAUGCUAAA